AUGGACGAACAAGGACGAGUACCUUCCUUUGAGGCCUUAACACGUGAUCAGGGCACAGUAACAAAGAGCAACACCCUGCACCAAGGUCGAACCCAAGGAGAGACUGGCGCCGAUGAUGGUCAAGGACUUGAGACAUCCCCUUCUCAUCGACUAGAAGCUCUUGGUGCCAAUACGUCCGCUCAGGAGUCGGCAAAGGCUUCGGACGGUCACACUAUGGACCAGCCGCUGCGAAGAAAACGGCGCAGGGCUGGCACGGCUUGCGCAAGAUGUCAUCGCCGCAAGAUUAAGUGCUCUGAGUUACCGUGUCGACAAUGUUUAUCAAGCCAAGAGACAUGCACCCCCCGGCCCAACGCAGGUUCACAGAAACGGAAAGCUAUUGCACGACCUUCUCUGAUAAGCGGCGGAGAAAAUGAUUUAUAUCGCGCAACGGAGGGCACCGUCCUCUCAGGCACCAGUGUUGAAUACACUCUGCCCACGUCACCCCCGGCAGAUAUCACCUUUGCAGAGGAGCGGAGCGGAGUUAUCGACUACAACAAUAUUCUUCCAGGACUCCACGGGGAAGAGGCCAGGGGCCAAAUGGGGAACGCGAGUACGUUCAUCAGCCCGUGCAUGUCCGUCGACAAAUUAAGCGGGUGGCCUUUUCAGGAUGCAUGGGACCCAAUGCGGUUGGAUACUGUAUCUGAUUUCACGGGGACAUUAGCAGAACCUGACUGGGGAUGGGACUGGCCACGGGCUCAGCACCCGGCACAGAAUGACAACGGCAGUGCCUUACAACAACCUAGCCCUGCACCAGAACAGGAAGUAUGUUCGUUUCAAAGCGAUCCUGAAGGGUCACAGUCUCUGGAUGACACCUGUGCCAUGUUCUUCUGCGGCGAGCAACCAUCGGUCUUUGAGUUCUUGGCUAUGCGUGGACAAUACACCGCUGAAGGGCAGCAUUUACCGCCCCCUCCAACUCGGCUCUAUCCUAUGUCAGGAUUUGAGUGGCAAGAUCCCACUCUUGAACAGCCUUUUGAGAGCACCGACGUACCACUUCCAACGAAGCUCUCUCCCACAGAAUACGAGCAUGGAGCAUCGAAUACGUGUAUAGAUUAUGAUUGA